CCGUUUGUCCGGAGCGGAGGGGAGAGUGGGCGCCAUCUUCUUCUAGGCUCACUGAGGGCUCUACCUGUUUUGGGGAGGCAGCUUCGACGAGGAGUGCUCCCCGUCCCCAGCCUUGUGGUUCUGAUUCGGCAGCAGCGCCUCCAUGUGGUGUUGUGUUUGCACUUACCAGUCGGCACGAGAGUGAAGAUCUCGAAGGAUUUCAUAGAUAUCUGCUUGGAAUUUGUACUUCCUUUUUGCUGAAGGAUGAUUAAUUUCCCUUUGGAACAAAAACAACCAUUUUAUAAUGCCCUUAGUUGUGGUUCCUUAUAUUGUUUCACCUUUAAUAGGUAAUUCUGUAGUGAAUAUCCUAAUCUGGCGUUGUUUAAGAUCGAUUGCAGGGUCCAAGGAUUAAUUAUAUUUCAUUUUCUUUCCACAGUUAAGUUGCUUUUACAGAAUUAACAGGUCUCCAAGAAAUAAAAAAAGGUAAGAUAUCCAGAGCUUAAGGCUUUUCACAGAGGCUUGACAAAAAAUGUAAAGUAGAAUAGUACAUCUAGGUACAGGUGGCUUCUGUACUUUAUAUCUGGCCAAUGAUGCACUAGUGGUAGGCAUUUUAUUAUCAUGAACAGAAAUUAUAUACUGACCAUAGAUGGCUUUUCUAAGUAUAUAAAAUUCUUUGUGGUUGGUAAAAGUGUUUAAUCCUUAAAGCUCUCUCAUGUUUCAUAGAAGAUAAAUCUGAAGAUAGUUUGGUCUUGUUGUGAAGUAGCACUUGGCAGACUUACAAAGAAGAUUUGAUAUUUUUGAUGCUCAUAGUUUAUAGGAUAGGUGAAAUGUUUCUUCAAAGUAGCUGGUUUAUUUGUAUGUUUAGUUGGGAAAAAGUUUAUUCUUUUUUUUUUAAGAAUUAGAUACAUUCAAUAUCUCUGUGACUCAUCUUUUUUUUUUUCAUUUAUAAAUGCUGAGGAAGGUAGGAACCAAGUAAUUAUUAAAGUUAGUUUGGGAUUAGGUACUUCAAAAAUAAGACUUGCUAUUAUGUGUACCUUUCUGUCUGCAGGUCAUUAUUGCUGUGGUUUGAGCUCAGCAUGGCUGUAGUCAUCCGUUUACUGGGGCUUCCUUUUAUUGCGGGGCCUGUGGAUAUUCGUCACUUCUUCACGGGAUUGACUAUUCCUGAUGGAGGAGUGCAUAUAAUUGGAGGGGAAGUUGGGGAGGCUUUUAUUAUUUUUGCAACAGAUGAAGAUGCAAGACGUGCCAUAAGUCGUUCAGGAGGGUUUAUCAAGGAUUCAUCUGUAGAGCUCUUUCUUAGUAGUAAGGCAGAAAUGCAGAAGACUAUAGAAAUGAAAAGAACUGAUCGCAUGGGAAGAGAUCGACCAGGAUCUGGGGCACCAGGGGUUGGCAGCUUAUCUAAUUUUGUUGAGGCGCUUAAAGAAGAAGCAAGUAAUUCUGGAUAUGGCUCUCCAAUUAAUCAAGAUGCUGGGUUUCAUACUAAUGGUACAGGACAUGGUGAUUUAAGGCCAAGAAAGACACGGCCAUUGAAAGCUGAAAAUCCUUACUUGUUUCUGCGAGGUUUGCCUUACUUAGUAAAUGAAGAUGAUGUACGUGUCUUUUUCUCUGGUUUGUGUGUGGAUGGAGUAAUUUUCUUAAAGCAUCAUGAUGGCCGAAAUAAUGGUGAUGCCAUAGUAAAAUUUGCUUCAUGUAUUGAUGCUUCAGGAGGUCUUAAAUGUCAUAGAAGUUUUAUGGGUUCAAGAUUUAUAGAAGUAAUGCAAGGCUCAGAACAACAGUGGAUUGAGUUUGGUGGUAAUGCAAUGAAGGAGGAUGACAUUCCUAUGAGGACUGAAGAACAUUCUCAACCAAGAGGAAUUAAUGAUAGACAUUUUCGGAAACGAUCUCAUUCAAAAUCUCCCAGAAGGACACGUUCUCGUUCUCCUCUUGGAUUUUAUGUUCACUUAAAAAAUCUGUCCCUAAGUAUUAACAAAAGAGAUUUAAGAAAUUUCUUUAGAGAUACUGAUUUGACUAAUGAACAGAUUAGAUUUUUAUAUAAAGAUGAAAGAAGAACAAGAUAUGCCUUUGUGAUGUUCAAGACUCUGAAAGACUAUAAUACUGCUCUAGGUUUACAUAAAACUGUUUUACAAUAUCGCCCGGUUCAUAUCGAUCCAGUUUCUAGAAAACAGAUGCUGAAGUUCAUUGAGUGUUAUGAAAAGAAAAGACCAGCCUCAAUAGAGAAAGAGAAGCUUGGACACAUUUCACAAAAAUACUCUCAAGAAGGCUACUCUGGCCAGAAACUGUGCAUAUAUAUAAGAAAUUUUCCAUUCGAUGUUACAAAAGUUGAAGUGCAGAAGUUCUUUGCAGACUUUUCUCUUGCUGAGGAUGAUAUUUACUUGCUUUAUGAUGACAAAGGAAUUGGUCUGGGAGAAGCAUUGGUGAAAUUCAAAUCAGAAGAACAGGCCAUGAAAGCUGAACGUUUAAAUCGUCGAAGAUUCUUGGGGACAGAGGUUUUGUUAAGGCUUAUAUCUGAGGUACAAAUGCAGGAGUUUGGUGUAGAUUUUUCUUUAGUGUCCAGUGAGAGAAUACAUGACCAUUCACAGUCGUGUGAUAGAGAUGAUCAUUUCCAUUCAUUUGAUUCAAAUGAUCUACCGGUAUACUCAGUUGGCCCUUCUGAAAACUUAAGGCAUCAGCAAGAGGACUUGAGGCAACUGGACAGUUUCAAGCAUUCCCAGGGGGAUUUCCGACUGCCUGAUAGGCGCCCUCCAGGAGACUUUAGGCAUUCCCCAGAGGAUUUCAGGCGCUCUCCGGAAGACUUUAGGCGCCUUCGGGAGGAACAUUUCAGGCGACCACCUGAGGAUGACUUCAGGCGUCCUUGGGAAGAGGACUUCAGGUACCCUCGAGAGGAGGAUUUCCGGUACCCUCGGGAGGAGGACUGGAGGCGGCCACCAGAAGAGGAUUUCAGACGGCCUCCCAAGGAUGACUUCAGGAGACCACCUGAGGAAGACUGGAGGCGGCCCCCUGAGGGAGACUUCAGACGGCCACCUGAGGAGGAUUGGAGGCGGCCUCCCGAGGAAGACUUCAGACGGCCUCCCCCAGGAGAAUGGAGGAGACCACCUGAGGAAGACUUUAGGCGGCCCCCUGAGGAGGAUUUCAGGAGACUUCCAGAGGAAGACUUCCGACGGCCCCACGAGGAGGACUUCCGGCGGUCUCCUGAGGAAGAUUUCAGGCAUUCUCCAGAGGAUGACUUCCGGCGGCCACCUCCGGAGCACUUCCGGCGGCCGCCACCGGAGCACUUACGCCGGCCACCGCCAGAGCACUUCCGUCGACCGCCUCAGGAGCAUUUCCGCCGGCCGCCCCAGGAGCAUUUCCGACGGCCGCCUCAGGAGCAUUUCAGACGGCCGCCUCAGGAGCAUUUCAGGCGGCCACCCCAGGAGCAUUUUAGGCGCCCCCGAGAGGAAGAUUUUAGGCACCCACUGGAUGAAGAUUUCAGGGGCCCUCCCAAUGAAGACUUUGGGCACCCUCCUGAUGAGGACUUCAGGAGUCCCCAGGAGGAAGAUUUUAGAUGCCCUUCUGAUGAGGACUUCAGGCGGCUCCCAGAGGAAGACCUCAGGGAAGCUCCGGAGGAGGACCCUAGACUUCCCGACAAUUUUAGACUUUCUGGUGAGCAGUUUAGGAGCCCCCCUGAUGAUUUCAGAAGUCAUCGCCCUUUUGUGAAUUUUGGUCGCCCAGAAGGUGGCAAGUUUGAUUUUGGAAAGCGUAAUAUGGGAAGUUUUCCUGAGGGGAGAUUUAUGCCUGAUCCGAAACUAAAUUGUAAUUCAGGUAGAGUAAUACCCAUUAAGAUAAUGAAUCUUCCAUUUAAAGCUAAUGUUAAUGAAAUUCUAGACUUUUUCCAUGGUUAUAGAGUCAUACCUGACUCAGUUUCAAUACAGUAUAAUGAGCAAGGACUACCUACAGGGGAAGCCAUUGUUGCCAUGAUAAACUACAAUGAAGCUAUGGCUGCUAUUAAAGAUUUGAAUGAUAGGCCAGUUGGCCCCCGGAAAGUUAAGUUAAUUUUGCUUUAGAAAGCAUUUCUAAAUUCAGUUACCUCCCCACAGUAUUGAUGCCGUAAAAUGCAUUUAUGUUUUUUUAAAGUGUUGAUUUUUAAUUGUCUCAUGAAACAUUUAAAUUUUGACUGUGAAUAGAACAAAUGUAAAUAGUAGAAUGUGAAUCUGGUCUUCUUUUGCUUGCAAAUUUCCAUUCACUUUUUCUAACUUUAAAUUAAAAUGCUCAUUUUUUUUUUUUCACAGUGGAGAGAACUAAUUCCCUGAGUGCAUUAAUUUUUGUUGAUGUCAUAAGUAAACGUCAAGACUUGUAUAAAGUAGAACUGUAUUUGGGGAAGAUAAGUUUUAUAUCCACUUUUGUUUUCAUUCUGUAGUUUACAUUUUUAUUCAAACUGUAUAAAGAAGUGGUCAGUGACUGAUUGUUCAGGGUUAGCAUUUUCAUUGCUAAUUGCCUGCAGACUUAGUGCCCUUUUCCUUGUCUGAGACAUUACUGUGUUAAUAAGCCUCUCAUUAAUCAUAAGUAGUUCAAAAUGGACAGACUGUGAACUUGAAGUUUACUUAUGUAAAAAACUUAGCAAAUUCUUAAAGUUUUCAUGUUCAUAACUUUCAAAGAUUUAUAAAAAUAAAACUUGCAACUAAAUAGACCAACUAAUUAACUUGUAUUUGUAUAAAGAGGGAAGAGAAUUACAGCUCCUUUUGUGAUGGUUUCCAUCAGCUACAUUAAACAAUAUUUAUAAUAGGGACCAAACAUUAUGUGAUAAUAGUGUAGAGUGCUAUGUAUAAUUCUGGUUUCUUCCAACAUCUCAUCAGCCAAAUUGGUAAGAUUUACUCAAAAUACUUAAAAAAGUAAUUAUAGGUACAAAAGGACUUUCAGGCUUAUGCUGGGAAGAAUCUGAUAAAUGGAUAUAGUUUGUGUUUCUUGGAAGAACUUACUGAUGAUUCAUGUAAUUUGUAAUUUUUAUUAGGUUUUCAUUUCUUAAUUUCAAAACUAUUCAAAGAGUCAAUGAUUAAAACUUAACGACUUCUGUGAGACUGAAUUUUGACUUCUUUGAUAUUUGACAUUUAGUGUAAACAUUUUGCGAACACUGGAUUUGAUUUUCUGUAGCAAAAUAAUAUUAAUGCUAACAUCAGGAACUUACCAUGUGAUAGGCAGUGUAAGUGCUUUACAUGCAUAAUGUCAAUAUUCCCUAAGAAGCUGAGAGUAUUUACUUCACAAAUGAGAUAAUGAAAUUUAAAGAGUUUAAGUAACUUGCCUAAAGUCAUAGCUAGUAAAUCUUGGAACCAGUUUCCACCCAGGCAGACUACUGACUUCAGUUCAUGCUCUUAAUACUUUGGCCUACUAACUUUGUUAAAUGGUAUUUUUAAUUUUAGUAAUACUGUACUAAAAAUAUUUUCAAGAGUAAAGAAUAUUUUCUUACCUACAGAUAAAAUGAGUAUGCCCAAACAUUGUUAAUAGAAGACAGAGUUAUAUAUCCAGGGCUUCCCUGGGAAACUUAACAUUAUAUAUUGGCUUCUAAUUUAAAAUUGUCCAUUUUAUUAAACAUGAUUUGACUUUGGCCUUUUAUAGUUUACAUAAAACAAAAUUUCCUCACAUCUGUGAGAUAUUUCCCACAUUGAUCAAAUAAGAUUAAAACUUGAAUUUAUUUACAGUAAUUUAGUCAUUUAAUAGUAAAGUAUUGCAGAUGUAGAAUACUUAGCCAGUUAGUACUUAAGUAUUUUGGAUUAAUCAUUAGUUAUUUAAUGAAGUCUAAGAAAAGUCAACCAAAGUUUCUGUGUUUUUAAUUAUGGUGAAUAUCCUGCUUGCUAGUAGAAUGAAUAAACUGGUAAAUUUGGUUCAGAAAAGCACAUCAGUAUGGCUCUUGAAACUAGUAUACUUAUUAGCAGCUGGGAGAAUGACAGUAGGAAGAAAUGAUAAUUUCAAAUGCUCAAAGAUUAUAUAGAUUGACUUAUUUGAUCAGAUUUCUUGAGGAAUGUUAUUGGGAGACUUAAAAAUGCUUCUAAAAUAUCAAUAAAUGCUAAAAUGAAGCUUAAAGUAACACUUAAUAUGGAACUGCUUUUCAGUCUAGGUUAGGGUGGGACCGGUGAUGGUAGAUUAGAGGCUAACACAAUGGUAAACACAGGCUUUGUAUUUCGAUUGUAAAGUUAAUGGAUUGAUAUGAAUAAUUUUACUCUCUUCAGUUUAAUGUAUUUUUUAACUUUUGAAAAUAAGAUUAUUAUAGAAAGCUGACUUAGGCUUGCGAGCCCUUUUGCUCAUCUCUUCCCAACUCUGCCUUCAGUGAUGGGUUAAUAUAUUGGCUUUGAUAGGAGUAGUUAUACCAUGGAAACUGGUAAAUACAGAAAAUCAGGACUUUCCACCCCAGAGAGCCAGUUUACCAGCAUACCACCAACUUCAAUCACAUAAAAGAGAAUGGUGUACUAAUUCCUCCUGUACCCACUGCCCAGCUUCAAUGAUUCUCACAGCCAGUUUUGUUUGCCAAUACUAGAUAGAUCAGGUAUACUAGUGGCAUACUGGUUCUCUAGUUUAAUACCCAGUGGCAUUUUAGUUAUCUUAAAGCCAAACAUUUUUGUCUCGAAGUUAUCUGAAAAAUACAGAUCAUGUCUAGAAGUAAACAUAAUCCCAUAAGCAAGAGAUAGGUAAGAAUCACUAUAUUAGUAGUGCCCACAUCACUUGCUGAGAACCCUGUAAAGAGCACUGGCUUAUAGGCACAUGUGUCUUAAGCAGUGACCCCAUUGCCUCUCUCUUUGUAUUUAAAUGUUAGCUAACAUUUAUUGAGCUGUAACAGAGACUAUAUGAUCUUUAAUUGUAUAUGAUUAACUGUGUCACUUAGUCCCAAUAACCCUAAUAAACCUACUCUGAAGAUAGGAAAUGGAGUCCUGUAGCCAACUAGUCAGGUUGGUUGCUUUUUUGCAAGGAAGCUAAAGAAGUUUUUACUUUUUUUGGGGGGGGGGGUCUUUUUAGGGCUGAGCCUGCAGCAUAUUGAGGUUCCCAGGCUAGGGGUUGAAUCAGAGCUGGCCGCUGGCCUACACCAUAGCUCGUGGCAAUGCUGGAUCCUUAACCCACUGAGGCAGGCUAGGGAUCGAACCUGCAUCCUCAUGGAUGCUAGCUAGUCGGGUUUGUUUCUGCUGAGCCACGAUGGGAACUCCAGAGGUUUUUACAUUUUUAAAUGUGGUUACAGAAGUAUCUUAAUAGCCUUAAUUUUGUCUCAGCUCACAAAUUAGAAAAAUAUUUAUUGUGUAGCCCCUUAAGAAGUUUGCCAGCCUAUGUCUGGUUUAAAGUUUAAUGUUAAGUUGAAGGUAUUAAUAUUUCUUUGUCCUUAGAAUAUUUUUUUGAAGUAGAGCAUAUGUUUUAUGUCAGAAUUAUUUGCUCAUUGCUUUACACAUCAGGCACUGUUUUAACUUUACAAAUAGGGCAACUGAUUCCAAGAGAAGCGAGCUACUAUCACAUGCAGCAAGGGGAAUUUUUCUUUUCCCAGCCACAACACCAGGAUUAAAUACUGAGAAAAAUAAAAAUAGUGAUAUCCUCAGUUUCUUAAGAAUAUCAAUUUAUUUAGUUUUAAAAUAAUUUGAAUAUUUUAUUUAAAAGUAGUCAAGUAAUUUUAUCUUAUCACUUAGGACUGUUUUCAGGAAGUGCUGCUUUGUUAACAGAACCAUGAAUAACAAAGUCACAAAAGCUUUCUAGAGAGUCUUUAUUUUUCUGUUAAGAAUAAUUGCUUUUUUGCGGUAAUCCCAAAUGGUUUUAUAAAUUGUCUUAAUUUUUAUAUGCCUGACCAGCAUCUAUGAAAUAAAAGUACAAUUCCCAUACAAAUAAAAGCAUCAGACAUACUGAAAGGCUCUGAUUAAAUUGUUUUAUGUUUUCAGGAAUAAGAAUGUGACUAUAUACUCUUAUUGAUCAGAUAGUAGUUUGAUAAAAUUUUCAUAGAAUUUUUAGCGAUUUAUGGGUUUCCAUGAUGUUUUUUCAAGGCAACAUUCCUUUAGAUUCACAGCUUUCCAAAAGUUGGAGUGCCAUGUGUAAUGCUUUAUUUAGUAUGACAGUGGUUUCAUUUUAAAGUGAGAAUCAGGCUGAAUGUUGCUUUUUAAAGCUAAAAUUUAUACUUUGUGUAUAGUAGUAAAACACUGAUAUCUUACUGUUCCAUUACUGUUUUUCAAGAACGAUUACACUUGUUGAAAACUAAAUUUACAUAUCAAAUGAUGAAACUUCAGGUUGUAGCAGAAGUAAAAAAAAAAAAGAAAAACUUGUCUUCGUUUAGAGCUUUAUGGAAUAGAAUUUGUAUUUCAUUAGAAUAACUAUCUGAGGACCCUUUUUCUGGUGUUGAAAGCAUGGUAUCGUAAGCUAAAAGAAGCAAGUGGAAUUGUUGGAUCUUUGUUUUUUGUUAUCUACCUAACUGUUGCAACCUCAGCUAGGUAUAGUGCAUCAAUAUGAAAUACUUCUGAAUACAUACUGUUUUUUAAAAAAAUGGAAGCUGGAGUUCCCUUCGUGGCUCAGCGGUUAAGGAUUCUGACUAGGAUCCAUGAAGAUGCAGAUUCAA